AUGUUGGCAUUUUCUAGAGUCGGAGAGUUUUUUGAGGUUCCUAUGCACAACUUUUAAAUUGAGUUGUUCACAUUUCUCAUUCAAAAUCAGUUCUCGGAGUAAUUGAAAAAUGAACCAACUCAUAGAAUUUAUGAGACUUGAUCUGUUUUUUGAAGUAAUCUUUUCAAUAAACUGUACUAUUUUUUCUGUACAGGCAUUUUCCUUUGAAACUGUCGAAGUUUUGCAGGAUUUUGUCAUACUUGAACUUUUUCGAAUCUGUUCAUUUGAUUCUGUAAAAGAGGUUUUUUCCUUAAAAUCAAACCGAAUCAUGUUGAUCUUGAAGUUUUUGAAGCAAUGCUUAUUUCCAACGUUUUGUACAGUCUUACUAUCCUACCAUUCGUUAAUUGAUCUUGUCUCAGGAUCCACUUCUUUUGCCCCCGGAACCUCCUUCCAUUCCAAACAAUACACAACUCGACAGGAAAGAGAAGGUUUUUGAUUCCUUUUUUUCAAAUUGCAAAAUCAAUUUUUCAGGCCAGAAUAUUCAUGGAACGGCUUUUGAACGAAAAACGCCUGAAAAAGCAGCAAGAGGAGGAGGAAAAGCGAAAAACCGAAGAAGAAGCGAAGAAACCCAAGGUUUUUCAGUGGAAGUUCAGCCGGAGAAAUCUAUGCUUUUUUCAGAAAUCGAGCGAAGAUGAGAAGAAGGAGCCGGUGAAGAUUGGCCUGAGCGCCAUCGACGAUAUUAUCAAUAAGUUGGUUUUUUUGCGUAGAAAAAUGAUGGAAAGCUUCUAACUGUCUGCGCUCUCUUAUCAUUCACCGGAAGGAAAUAUCAGGUCUAAAAGGAGAGUUCAGAGAGUCAGAAUUAUGUAGAAUAUCUUUUCGUGGUUUUUGUUAUAGCUUCAUUUUGGAACUUUCUAAUUCACUUCUCUCUCUUCUCCCUCACAAGGUUGAAAUAUCAUAGAAAGAUGAGAGACUGCAGAGUGUUAGACAUUCCAGUCGGCUUUCUGAGAAAUAUAAACUGGUGAAGUUCCAACUCAAGUUACGUACGCUCCAUGCGCUGAUGCCUGGUUCAUUCUAACUUUCCAGGCUCUCUUUUCUUUCUUUCUAGAGAAAGACCACGGAAAAACGAGAGAGUGCAGAUGGUUAGACUUGUGUAAAGAGUCAAAAAUAGGUUUCCUAAUAACGAUAAGCUUGGAAGUCUAACUGUCUGCGCUCUCUGCUUUCUGGUCAGAAGUAGAGGACAAAUAAGAAGCAGAGAGCUGAGACAGUUAGAGUUUUCAAGCUACUGUGAAUAAUUUAUUCUUUGGUGUAGUUUUGAAAUUGCUGAUUAUUAAUUUGAACGAUUUUUGAGUAGUUUUUCUCGGGACAUUACAUGUUUUACAAAGCUCAAGGUUGAAACCUUCAGACGCAUCGACAGUAUCCUCGUGGAGUCGGGCUUCAAAACCGAGGAGAAGAAGAAGGAAGAGGAGAAAGAGGAGGAUACAGAGAAGAAGAAACGAAGGAAACGGAGUCGGUCGAGGUCUCGGAGCGGCGAACGGAAGAAGUCGUCGAAAAAAGAGCGCCGAAGAAGGUCCAGAUCGAGGUCCCGCUCCAGGGAAAGGUCCAGGAGAAAUCGGAGACAUCGGAGUUGAAAUGUUCUCUUUUCCUUGUUUUUUUGAUAAAUAUUCUAUUUCCUUGGGUUUUCCUGUUGAUUUUUGUUAUGGGGACACAAUCCCUCAUUUUUAUGGCUUUGUAUUGAAGUGCAGUGUAUUAGAGAUAUUCGGAAGCGGAAGCGAGAGAGCAGUGUGACUUGAAGAGACUACAGACAAGUGAGAAAACUUUGCUCUCUGGCGUCUCUUCCAGAAACUGAUCUCUCUAUCCCGCUUUUUGAAAAACCAAUUAUAUUCAAAACAGCACUCUGAUGUGUUAUAUAUAGUAAAGCUUUUUGAAUAUUUUUACGUUUUUAUUUAAAAGGAGGCUUCGCGCAUCGAUGAACAUUAUCAACAAAUUUAUUUGUUUUUUGAGAUGUUUCUGAAAAUGUCAAGUGAAUUUGAUAACCCUGUUACGAAUUGUAGAAACGAAAAUUGUUGAAUAUUUUAUAAAAAAACAUGAGCUCAAGUAAUUCUUAUCUCAGUCCUAAAACUUCCAAAAAUUUGCUUAAAAAGUUGAGAAAACGCGUAACAUUUCGUCAGAAACGGCUAUCGAACUUUUUGUCUUACUGUAGUUGGGAGACGUGCAGACACCCGCAGUUGCGGACUAAACUUUUUUCUUACGACACUUGUAUUCUCACCUAAUUUUUUUCCGAUUUCUGAUUUGAAAACGUUUUUCCUUCGAUUGUGCGGGUUGAAUGAUGAAAUAGAUGUUAUUUGGAGUUUUACGGGCAACAUCAGAAUCUGGGAAGAAGAUAUCAAAGAAUUGGUUCCAUUCCGUUUGCUCGAACUUCUUUGUACAAUGAUUCAAAUUUGUUCUUUUUCCUAUUCGUCAUAAAUAGUGGGAAAGAAUACAAGUCUAUUUUUCAACUUUUGUGUUUAUGUUUGAAAAAAAAAAUUUGGAUAAACAAGUUGGAAAUCGAUUGAAUUUCCUUCAUAUUCCAGCUGGAAAAGAGUCCGACAGUGAACAUGAAUUUCUCGUGGCACAUCCCGGGAUCAAAUUUCUCGUUGAAUGGGAAUUGGUAGAACAAUUGUUGAUUUUAUGUGGAAUUGAACUUUUUUUUCAGUUGGACUCCUUGCUCCGGUGGCUCUGAGAUCUUUCCCUUCAGGCACCCUUACUGAGGUUUCCCGUUUUUCAUUCUGAAUAGCGUAUGAUUUUCUCUAAGAUUCCAAAAAUCCAGUCGGUUUUUGAAUCUUUUUCUUUCUCAUUGAAAAAUCUGCAGUGCUCCUUGAUAACUGCCUAUUUUUCAAUUUUUUACAAGUUUUUGAGAACUUUUUCAAGUCAUUUCAGUCUAUUUUACGGCCUUUACUUUUCCGAUUAUUUUAGUAAACAUCUAGAUGAUUUUGCAGACUCGUUGAAGAAACGCUGGACGAGGCCCUGGCGUCGACUUCGACCUUCGAUCCGGACAUUUUGGAUUCUCCGACGACUUUUCCACAAGAUCAACCGGCGACUUCUCUUCAGCCCAGUUCGAAUCUGGCGGCGGUCAGUUUUUUUCAGAAUUCAGUAAGUCUGCCAGAAAUUCAAAAGAAGAAUCGGAUAAUUUUGCUGUCUUCAGCUUUUCAAUUUUCGAAGCAGUAG